CAGCUGGGAGGCCAAGGCUCCUCGCUAUGGGCCGGGGGUCCCGGAGAACUCAGGGUUCGCCGGUGCUGCUGCUGCUCCUGCCGCUGCUGCUACUGUGGCCUGUGCCAGGCACCAGGGUGCUUCAAGGAAACACCCCUGGAGAACCGGUCACUCCCUACUGGGUCCUGGAUGGACACCCCUGGCACAUGGUCACCCUGGAGGAGCUGGUCCUGAUGCCAGACACAGGGCUGGUGGCCCUAGAGGCUGAAGGCCAGGAACUCCUGCUUGAGCUGGAGAAGAACCACAGGCUGCUAGCCCCGGGCUACACAGAAACCCACUACCUGCCAGAUGGGCAGCCGGUGUUGCUGUUCCCCAGCCACAUGGAUCAUUGCCACUACCAUGGAAGUGUGAGGGGCUUCCCUGGCUCCUGGGUGGGCCUCAGCACCUGCUCUGGCUUGAGUGGCCUGAUCAUGCUCAGCAGUAAUGCCAGUUAUUAUCUGCGACCCUGGCCACCUGGGCACUCCGAGGACUUCUCAACCCACAGGAUCUUCCGAAUGGAGCAGCUGCUCACCUGGAGAGGGGCCUGUGGCCACAGGGACCCGGAGUACAAAUGGGACACGGCCAGCCUUCCUCCUACUCCCUGGAGCCGGGAGAAGCGGGAGGCCAGCCAGACCCCGAGGUACCUGGAGCUGUACCUAGUGGCCGACCACACCCUGUUCUUGACCCAGCACCAGAACUUGAACCACACCAAACAGCGUCUCCUGGAGAUCGCCAACUAUGUGGACCAGAUUCUCAGGACUCUGGACAUUCGGGUGGUGCUGGCCGGCCUGGAGGUGUGGACUGAGCAGGACCAGAGCCGCGUCACGGCGGACGCCAACGCCACACUCUGGGCCUUCCUGCAGUGGCGCCGAGAGCUCUGGGCGCGGCGGCCACACGACUCAGCGCAGCUGCUCACGGGCCGCACCUUCGCGGGAGCCACCGUGGGCCUGGCGCCCGUGGAGGGCAUGUGCCGCGCCGAGAGCUCUGGAGGCGUGAGCAUGGACCACUCGGAGCUCGCCCUUGGCGCACCCGACGGCUGCUGCGUGGAGGCCGCGGCGGAGCAGGGCGGCUGCGUCAUGGCAGCGGCCACUGGGCACCCGUUCCCGCGAGUGUUCAGCGCCUGCAGCCGCCGCCAGUUGCGCGCCUUCUUCCGCAAGGGAGGCGGCGCGUGCCUCUCCGACGCUCCGGACCCCGGGCUCCCGGUGCCGCUGGCGCGGUGCGGGAACGGCUUCGUGGAGGAGGGCGAGGAGUGCGACUGCGGCUCGGGCCAGGAGUGCCGCGACCUCUGCUGCUUCGCGCACAACUGCUCGCUGCGUGCGGGCGCCCAGUGCGCCCACGGGGACUGCUGUGCGCACUGCCUGCUGAAGCCUGCGGGAGCACCGUGCCGCCGAGCCGCGGGUGACUGUGACCUCCCCGAGUUCUGCACGGGCGCAUCCCCUCUCUGCCCCCCAGAUGUUUACCUCCUAGAUGGCUCUCCUUGCGCCAGCGGCCGCGGCUACUGCCGGGACGGCGCGUGUCCCACGCUCGAGCAGCAGUGCCAACAGCUCUGGGGGCCUGGCUCCUGUCCAGCCCCGGAGGCCUGUUUCCAAGUCGUGAAUUCCGCAGGAAAUGCCCAUGGGAACUGUGGCCAGGAUGGUGGGGGCCGCUGGGUGCCAUGCGCAGACAGGGAUGCUCAGUGUGGGAAACUGCAGUGCCAGGGUGGGGCCUCGAACCCACUCACACCACACACAGUGCCAGUGGACUCCACUGUUGGCAUCGAUGGUGGCCAGGUGACCUGCCGGGGAGCCUCCAGGCUCCCUGGUGCCCAGCUGGACCUGCUUGACUUGGGCCUGGUAGAGCCAGGCACCCAGUGUGGACCUAGAAUGGUGUGCCAGGACAGGCGCUGCCAGAACACAACUUUCCAGGAGCUGGAACGCUGCCUGAGUGCCUGCCACGACCACGGGGUUUGCAAUAGCAACCAUAAUUGCCAUUGUGCUCCGGGCUGGGCCCCGCCCUUCUGCGACAAGCCGGGCUUCGGUGGUAGCGUGGACAGUGGCCCUGUGCAAUCUGAAAACCACGAUGCCUUCCUGGCCGCCAUGCUCCUUAGCUUCCUGCUGCCUCUGUUCCCCGGGGUCGGCCUGGCCUGGUGCUGCUACCGGCUCCCAGGAUCCCAUCUCCAGAGACGUCUCUGGGGCUGGAGGAGGUACCCUGCGUGCAGUGGACCCAAAGAUGGCCCACACAGGGGCCACACAGGAGCCAGCAUCCACUGCAUGGAGCUGGGCUCCACAGCCACUGGAGUGCCCCAGCUGCUGGACCCUGAGAACUCUGCCAGAGCCCAAGAGCCGCCCUGAGAAGCCUGUGCCCGUAGCCCUGCCUGGCCCCCAGGCUGGUCAAGUCCAGAAGCCAAGAUCCUGUUUCUGGUGAGAGGUGGCUUCUUAGUAAGACAGGUGGCCACUGAUGGCCACUCCGGGAACUUGGACCCUACGGCAGAGCAGUGAGUCAGCUGACCUCCUGCACCGGCAUGCAGCCUGGCAGCAUCUUCCCCCAGUGAAGCUCCAACCCAUCCACUCCAGGUCACCAGGGCCUUAUCAGAAAUCGGUGUCCCUGCACCUGAAGGCUGGGAGGUCCUGCCAGGGGACAUCCUCUGGCUCAAUAGCCCACCAGUCCAAGGAGUGGAGGUCACAUAGUCCCUGACCUCCCUCAGUAGAGGACACUGGGUCAUGCUGGGUACCAGAGAGGCCUGUAUCUUGGGGGGUCUGAGUGUGCCCCCUGUACACACUUUCCAGAGACCCACUUCUGGGAAGGCAGUGACUUCUGAGUCAAAGACUGGAAUUCUUGCAACCUAUGAAAGUUGUCAGACCAAAAUGGAGUCAUUUCUGCCACUAAUAAAAAAAAA